AUGGCAGAACCCGACGAUGUCGAGGAAGAUCUCUUUGCAGAUCUCUACGAUGCGGACGAGAACCAUGGUUCCAGCAAACCUGCUGCUCCACCUGCAGCACAGACUGCCGCAAUCGAUACAGUAAUGAAAACGAGUGAGGCACCAGGCUAUGGCGAGGAACCAGAGGUAGCCUACGACCCUACGUCCUUCGACACGGAACCUCCGGGCCAGGAUGAACCCACCAACGGUGCUCAUAGUCCCAAGCAAGCCCAAGAUUUCCACGAGAAGCCAUCGCAACCCGAGGUCUUCAACGUCAAUAUGAAAGAGGACGGGUGA